ACCUCUUAGCUUAGAAAAUUCAUAAAAGAGGCAAAAAUCACCAAUUUUCGUGGUUUUUUGCGGUUUUUUGCAAAUAUAUCGCGACCUUUAGGGCUAGAUGAAAUAUUUUUAGCUGAAAAUGCUCCUCGUGAAAUUUCUUACAACGUAGAUACUCAGAAGGUAGCCUAGGUCUACCUCUUAGUCUAGAAAAUUCAUAAAAGGAGGCGAAAAUCAUCAAUUUUCGUGUUUUUUUUGCGUUUUUUUGAAAAUAUAUAUAUAAAUUAUUGUUGAAAAUGUACUUCACAUUUUAUUUUGGUGAUGUAGUAUUCAAUAUUUUAAUCGUCUGCGUUUCUAUUUCAAUAUGUGUCUGUGUGUUGUUAUGGGAGUUCUGGUUUUUUUGCACAACCACUUUUCCAAAAUAGUAUAUUUAGAAAACUAUAAUCAAGUACUACUAAAAGUAUCAAAACUUUAGAUUCCUGAUAACAGAAUCUAAAAUUCCCGAAUUAUUCUGUAAAAAGUAACGGUAAAUCGUCAGGCUGAAACUGAAAGUACCAUUCUAUAUAAAGCUGACAGUUUUAAAAGAUGUUUUUGUGUUAUAAGAUACAGAAUACACCUACACAAGGCCAAGAAACAGACAAUACAACCCAUUGUUCUAAUAUGGCGUCUGUAAAUACAGUGAAUGCAUACUUACCGUUGUAAAAUGGUAUUAUCUUUGCCAUUUAGAAGUGUUGGCUCUCUUGUAACGAGGUCAUUAGAGUAUAGUUAUCUACCGUGACUCUCAUCUAUGCUCUCAUUUAGAUCAGGUAUAAACCUUCAAUUUAUCCGUUUUAGUUCACCAUAAUACCGUUAGGUACCACCACUUUAUCAGCGCUCUCUUUUGAAUCCGUUAGCCUACUUCUACACUAUACAAUGGUUGUAUGUUUCUCUGAAUGCAACCUUUUUGUUUGUUUGAAAAUAACUUAACCUAUUUUGUAUUUUGCUAAUAAACAAAUGUAAUGUUCGCAAUAAUAAAGAAAAUACUUUGUAAUACAAAACUAGAUCAUUUUGUUUUACAACACAAGGUUGUGCUUCGUAACUUGUAUACAGUCUAUGAGAAGGAAUUCAGUGAUGUGACACCCUUCUGUAGUUUAAACAUUUCACUUCCUUAUAACAUUAUAUUAGAGCCUUUAGAUUUAUACAAUUAUCCCAAUUGUGAUAAAGUUAUUAUUAGAAUAGAGAGCAAUAAGCAGUUCCAACCUCUCAUCAAACAUAAACGUGUUGCCCAUGGACUUAAUCUUUUUGCUAAUGAUGAAACGUCACAUGCGAUAUGUAGAAUAGCGGCCCCCAUUAAAGCAAGUAUAAAUGCUACUUCCGAGAAUGGGAAUAUCACACUCAAAAACUUCAACGGAAAGACAAUUGGUAUUAAGACUGGCAACGGAAACAUAAAUGUCUCUAAAUUGUAUUGUGAACAUAUAUCAUUGACUAGUUUAGCUGGGAAUAUAACUUGCAAAACAGUUUUACAAGCAGCGGACAUUCAUUUGCACACAGGCAAGAAUGGUGAUAUUUCAACCGAAAAAUUGCUGGGCAUUAAUUUAUCGGUUAUAACAGCUAGUGGCAAUAUUAAUACAAUGUCAUCAUAUUGCAACAAUUCACAUUUCACAACUGAAAGUGGAUAUUUGAACCUACAUAAUGUGCAUAAAAAUUGUCACAUCGUUUGCACCGAGACUGCAAAAGUAAACCUAGUUAGUUUCGAUGGUAACCUGCAAGCUUGUAUGGAAAGGGGCGAAGCAAACAUACAAAUUGCCAGAAUAGAAGGUGAUUCGAAAAUUACAAUGACUAAGGAAGGUGCCUUAAAAUUAAAACUUUCUAAUGAGUGUCUAGAAAGUUCAACUUUUAAAAUACUUGCAAAAGAUCUGGAAAUAAACAAGGACAUUUCAGUUCUACUAAGUGAAGAUGAUAAUUAUAAAAUAAUUAGAAAUGACACAUCUAUUUCUAAUACAUUAAUACACUGCCCUUAUGGUGGUGUUGUAGUUGAAAGUUUGUCAUGGAAAGAGAUGUUUAAUUUAGGUUAGUCUUAAUUUGUUGAUUAAAUGUUACUUAUUA